GUGACGUUGCAGGAUAAACAAACGAAGGAGGAGGCGAGUGAGCGGUGUUCAUCCUGUAUCCUGACAUUUCUACAUUUUACAAUAAUGCAGUCUUCUAAGAGGAGUGAGGGCGACUGGCAGGGACUGGUCAGCGAGGUAAGAGGAAAGAUUAACACCGAGAACCGCUGCUUCUGAGACGGGCGGGUCUAACAGAUGCUCCUCUUGUCCAUAUGGAACCAGCAGUUCCUGGUGUGUAAACGCAAGUUGGAGAGUAAAAAGGAGGCGCUGCUCAUCCUGUCCAAAGAGCUGGACACAUGCCAACAGGAGAGAGACCAGUACAAGCUGAUGGCCAACCAGCUGAGAGAGCGCCACCAGGGACUGAAGAAGAAGUACAGGGAACUUAUUGAUGGGGAUCCUUCUUUGCCACCAGAAAAACGUAAUCAGGUGAACCUGGGUCAGCUGUUGAGGGACUCCAGGGACCGAGUGAGACAGCUCACUGAGGAGGUGAAGGACCUCACUCAGAGGCUGGCUGAGGCCCAGGGGGACAACAAGCUGCUGAGGAUGACCAUCACUCGACAGAGGCUGGGAGACGAAGAGGUGGGGGUCCGGCACUUUCCCGCACAUGAACGAGAGGACUUGGUUUCUCAGCUAGAAAGAGCAGGGCAACAGAUGGAGGAGAUGGAGCACACCAUAAAAGCCUUGACGGAUGAGUUGCAGGACGUUAAAGCAGAACGCAUCGUUUUCAGGGAGAAGGCUGACCGGCUAAAUGUUGAACUAAACCAUAUUUUAGGAAAUCAUGAUUCACGCAUCAUUGAUGUGGAUGCACUCUGCACGGAAAACAGGUAUUUACACGACCGACUCUCGCAACUUCAGGAGGAGGUGAACCUGCUCAAAUCAAACAUCAUGAAAUACAAGACGGCCCUCGAGAGGAGAAAAAACUCCAGCACACAUGGGAGAUCAAACAGCGUUCCUCUUACCGGAGUGCUGUCAGCCAAACAAGUCCAGGAGAUGCUCUUGGAGGAGCAGGGCUGCAGCUUACCUGCUACACCUCAGAGUAUCUCCGACCUAAAGUCGCUUGCCACCGCUCUGCUGGAGACCAUCCAUGAGAAGAAUCUGGUCAUCCAACACCAGAGGCACACAAACCGGAUCCUGGGAAACAGAGUUGCAGAUUUGGAGAGGAAGUUAAAAACCUUGGAAGUCUCAGGAUUGUGGAGUUUACCAGGCUUGACCUACCACGUAUCUGUGGGAAUUGGGAGAACCAGGGACAAUAUGGUACUAAAUGAAAAUCUCCAGCCAGAGCUUCAUCCAAUGUGUGCCACGUCUUUGCCAAACACGCAGCCCCUCAAAGAUGACAGAAGUUCACAUGAAUCAUCUUGGGAAUGCCGCACCGCUGGCAGUGACCUUGGCACAGAUGGCGCCAGCAGGGAAGACGCACCUGCACUGCUCAGCAGCGCGGAUCCUUUCGCAGGCGUGGAGACGGAUGGGAUUGACGGGAGAGAGGGAGAAAUCAUGACCCUGAGAGACGAUCCGGAGCCGGAGGAUGAACGGAGUCCGGUGGAGGAGGCAGGGCGCGAAGAGGAGGGAGCCGAGGAUGAGGAGCUGGGUUCCUCUGUGGAGGAAGGGGAAGAAGCCGCUCUGGCACUGGAUCUCCGUCUGACCGAGUCGAAGCUUCAGUGGCUUUCCAUCGCACAGAAUUCUGUCAGACAUUCAGAGGUUUCCUGCCAGGACAGGGAGUCUAAUGAUGCACUUGAACAUGAAGAAGCCUCGGCAUCGAUUCCAAAGAGUCAGGCCACAGAGGGACAGAGUAACACUGAGUGGGACAUUCACUGUCCAUCUGCACCUGGCAUGAUCUAAUGUCAUGAAAAGAUGGGGGAAACUUCUCUAAGUCCUUGUCGUCGUUAUUGAUGAUUACAUUAAUCAUCCCUAGUUGGAUUCCCACUGCUUAGCCUCUGCUCAUUAACUUUCUUCCACACUGAGCAGCUCGCUUUCAGUCAAUAAAACAGAGAAAACUCUCUCCCCCCCCCAGAUGCUGCUGACAAAGCCAGAGGUGCACUCUGCAUCUAGACUAGCUUGUGUUGCUCUAAAGCAAAAAAUCUUCCAAUCAGUAGAGCUGCAAACUCGAUGCCCUGCAGAAAAAAUAACAAGUGAUCAGCUUGUGUAUCCUAUAUUCUCUUGUUGCGUUCCCCUGUGAGGAGAUAAUCCCAGUUGUUUGCUUUAUUUUUUAUCAAAGAUAAGGAAUGCCAAUAAAAGUGCUGCAUUUUUGAGGGGGGUUACUUCCAAAAGUGAUUUCAAAUUGGUGAAGUGCCAAAAUUUGAACUGUAUGUGUGAUGGAUACUUUUGAAUUCCUUGUUUCACCUUAAUACUAUUAAUAUUUGUUUGUCUAAAUCUUGCCUAUUUUUUUAUGUAUUUGGAUGUGCCUUAUGUGUCAAAAUAUUUAAUAUUUAUGAAUAGAAAUUCAUAAAAAGCUGCCAUAUUAUUUGGUUGCACUCAUUUGCAGUACAGAAAGUUGGGAUCUAUUUGUUCUAUUGUUUUCUUCCUUAUUAAAAAAUAUAAUAAUCUCAAGCCAAACAUACUUUAACAGAUGACAUGGAGGAAGAACAUCCUUUGAAACCCAAGGGUUGUUAUUGCACACGACCCAGUAUUCAAUAAUGACCCAUUACAAAAGUAAUUUCAAAGAAAUAUUAUGAUACAAAUAUACAUUAAAAAAUAUAUUCUCCUAAAAGAAAGAUAAACUGUUGUAUGUCUCAGUCCUGCUGGUCAUAAAAAGGCAUUUUUAAAAAAGAAAACCUGUCAUAAAGCAUAAAAAACAUGAAAGCUACAAUGAAGGCAACAUCAUGCUGUAGGGAUUGUGUUCUUGGAACCUGAGGGUGACAGUUUGACCUUCCUAUUCUUCUUCACAUCUUUAUUUUUCAAAUUUUUUUGUUUUGUUUUUUAGUUUGACAUUAUGUAAAUGCAUUAAAAUAUUAACUCUACUUUUUUUCCCCCUUUUUAAACAAUUUUACAAGGGUCAUCAAUAAUUGUGCUAAAGCUGAGGUCCAAAUUGCUCUUUAAAACCGAAAAGCUUAAAUUUUUUAAUAAACAUUUAAUUUAAUUGACUCUUAGCCUUAGAGGAAAAUGCUUUCUUCUUUCAAUUCUCUUUCUUGUGAAUGAAUAAAUUGCACACUUCAUGUAGAACAUCAAUUUUAUCAUGUUUUAAACUAAACAUGUAGUAGGACUUCUUCAGAAUAGCAGAAGUUUCCCUGUCAAAAAAAGUAGAAUCCAUAAACACGCCCGGGUCGUCUUGUGGCCAAAGUCCAGAGCGCGGUGUGUUUUGGGAAAUCAGCAGUGAGUCCCACUCCUACAUGCAGGUGACAGCUGGCCUCUCCAGGCAAACGCAGCAUCAAACCCAGAAUGCAUGAACUGCUUAUUCUGCAGGAGGCCGCUUGCUAUUUUUAAUCACCAAUAUAAAAUAGAGGCGAGGAAAAAGAGGGAAUUCAGCUUUGGAGUGAGGUGGAGAGGAGUGGGGGGGGGGAAGCGUAGCACGUACACAGCAUGGGACCUGUGCCAUGCAGCUGAUUUGGAAAUCUGCACCAAGGCUUUUUUCUUUCUUUUUUUUAUUUUGUUCCAGCUUUAAGUCCGUCACCCAGAUGGGAGCUGAACUAAUAAAUUUAGAUGAUAGCAGCUUGCCAUUAAAGUUCUCAGAAGUAAUUGCCUAGUUUUUGAUUGUUUGCAUGCAUAUAAAUGAUAGGAGGAAGCCAGUUAGUUGGAAAAUACAUUUUUAGGAAACUACAUGGUCUGAUGCAGUGAAUAUGUGAUUGUGGAUUUUGUCCAAAUAUCUGUGCUUCUGUCAAGUAAGGUGAACCUGCACUGAGGAAAAUAGAAUAGUCUGUUUGUCCUGCCUGUGAUGUGGAACAUUUCAGCUCAUUCAAAAUGUAUAACAGAAUCUGAGUGAGAUCUUUUUUAAAGAAUUGCUUCACAGGA